UGCCCGCUGCCCUGGGGGCGCGAAAACCAGCCUCCUCGGGCCGGUCUGGCUAGUGGCACACGAGUGAAGUUCAGUGUCCAGAUGAUGUGGAGCCCCGUCGUGAUCCAGUGAUGCAUGUAGCUGGUGCCAUUAGGGCAGGCUUGUUCUGCCUUUCAUCUAUCGCGCCAUUGGUUCAAAGCACCUUCCUGCCAGUAACAUCAGCUUUGUUCAUCUUGACUCCCAUCCAGACCUCCUUAUUCCCGUAAAUAUGCCAGCAGACACCGUAUUUGACAAAGAAGCUCUUUUUAGUGAAUUAAGUAUUGAGAACUGGAUUAUGCCUGCAGUUUACGCUGGCCAUAUUUCUCAAGUAAUAUGGCUUCACCCACCUUGGGCUCAGCAGAUCUCAGAAGGAAAACAUGAUUUUUUAAUUGGGAAAGACAUAUCAACAACUACAAUCAGGGUUACAGGUACAGAUCAUUACUUUCUAAGUGACGGUCUUUAUGUCCCUGCUGAUCAGCUAGAAAACCAGAAGCCUUUAAGUUUACAUGUCAUCGUCAUUAAUCCUACUGAAGCAUUGAAGAGCCAGGAAGAAAAUGACAAAGCAGCAUCUCCUAAGAGAGUGAAGCUAAAUACAGAUGACACAGCAAGCACUGCUUCUACCUCUUCAUUAGUGGUUCCUGGUGACCUUGCUCACGGCUCUUCAAGCGUGAAGAGCGAGGAAAUGCAAAAUGCAAGUGCACAAAACAGGACGGAAACCUUGUCAGAGUGCUCAGCUUCAAGCUCUCUCAGAAACAGUGAAUGCCCAACAAGGGAGGUUGUUAAAGAUAUUUGCCAAGUAGUACAGAAAGGGGAUGCAUACAUUUUAGAUAUUGACUUAGAUUUUUUUUCAGUUAAAAAUCCAUUUAAAGAAAUGUACACAAAGACAGAAUAUGAGCUCUUGCAAGAGUUAUACCGUUUUAAGAAGCCUCACAGAAAUGCAACAGAGGAGGGCUUGUUGGAUUGUGUUGAAAACCGUGUUCAUCAGUUAGAAGAUCUGGAAGCAGCAUUUGCAGACUUGUGUGACAGUGACGAUGAAGAGACGCUACAGAAAUGGGCUUCAUAUCCUGGAUUGGGCUUUCUGCUGCAAAACAGAAAGAAGUUAUCAGUGCCAGUAAGGUAUCUCUCCUUUUUUGGGAGCCUUUCUGGAGGCCAGUAUGCAAGACUCUCAUCCCUGCCCUAGCACAGAAGCAAUGCUGCAAGAGAUGUCCAAACUUAUCCUGUUGCAUUGUCUUGUCAGAGUAAGCAGUGCAAACAGGGUCGUAGCUCUGGAAAAAAAAAAUCGGCCAUCAGAAGAACACUGAGGCAAAAACUGUUGUAUACUCUGGGCUAGUAGGCUGAAAAUGUGAUUUUUCAAAUCUGUUUCCUGAAAAAUAUGCAAUACUUAACAUCUAUAUAUUUCAGUUUUCAGUAGAAAAAAUAUAACUUGUGGAUAUGUGUAUUAAUGUGCUGUUUUGCCAUAACUUUUUUCCUUAAGGCCAGAAAUACUCUCUAUAUCAUUUAGUGCAUGUGAGACAUGCCUUAGUUUUACACCUAAGAAUUUCUGAAUCUAGUUUAUUUUCCUUAGUUCUACAGUGCAAAAAAUAGUUUAGGAACUGAUUAGCCCAAUACUGUGCUAACAGAAAAGGAGGGAUCCUGGAUAGGAUCUUUGCAAGGCUACCAUUUUCCCUAUAAUUCUAAAGGAAAAUGAGUCAAACAAAGCAAACAAGGAUAGUAGAGCAAGUCUGCUAUCGUCAUUGUCACAGUAAACUUUCCAAGGUGAGCAUUGCACGGCUUCAUGCAAGUUCUGUUGUCUGUGGCCAAAGGCAGAUUUGGUAGCUCAAAAUUUAAUGAUCUAUGGGAUCAUUGGGAGGGAUAUAGGGACAUUGUCAGAGUAUGCAGGGAUGCGACAAGGAAGGCUAAGGCCCAUUUGGAGUUUAAUCUGGCAAG